AUGAACCGUUGGUCACGAAGUCAAGACGAAGAGCAGGUUCCGGAGGUGGAGUCCUCCAGGCCGUGCUAUCUCCUGCAACUUCCCACUGAGCUACUCCUGGAGAUCGUCUCCCAUUUAUCUGUAUUGCCAGAGGCAUGUCUCGCGCUCACCUGUAAACGGCUGUACGCAAUCUCAGCAUCAAUUCUGGACUCGAAGUCGCUUCACUUUAACCGAGAUUUUGCUCCACUCUUCCACCAUUACCGGAACGGGCAUAACUUUGUCACUCCACGAUGGCAGUUCAUCAACCUGCUGGAAACUAGCAGGUGGCGCGCCUGUUCCAAAUGCUUGAAGCUUCAUCCACGAAGUUCAUUUUCCUCCAGGGAGCUGAAACGAAAAUCUGAAGAACGAGGCUGCAACCUGGGCAACCUUGCCGGCGUUGUUGAUCUGUGUCCCUGCAAAAAGUUAACUUUCGCGGAUAAGAUGGAUAUUGUCGAGUUGUUAAAGAUGCGCCAGAAGUCAGUGGAGGUUUUGGAGGCCCAGUUCAGGACUGGGGCCCAAAAUCGUUUCUGCUGGCAUUCCUGUACCGAGGACUAUGGGGCGACGCAGUUGCAGAUUGACAUUUACCCCGAGCUGAAUGAAGAUGAUCAGUUGAUGAUCAAAACGGAGUAUCGGUUAUCAACCGGGCCUGGGCAACUCGGCAAAGAAGAAUACAUGACACCUCGUUUUGGAUGCGCGCAUCGAUCAGUCGACUUGUGGCUUUCUAGCGUCUGUCAGACCACCAUUUGUCGACAGUACGACAGCUUCUGUGCCUCAUGCAAACGGAUAUCCAUCUGUAACACCUGCAACGCCUCUCUAAAAUGCCCUCGCAAGCAGCCAUUACGAGUUUACCAAGAAUCAGGAAAGGCUACGUAUUACUUCUGGAUAGAGAGAUGUCUAGGAGGAGCGUCCCCCGUUCCUGAUCUGACGUGGGCGGCUCAGAGAAUCCAUCCUGCAGAGAACUUGAUCGACGUAGACAAUUGCAGUGAGCUAUGCCCAUGGACUGUUCGCGAACAUCCUCCUCUCAACAAUCCACCUAACCUGGGGAUGGAUUUACUUGACAAUGGGAUUCAGGAUCCAUCGAUCAGCCAACUGUAUUCUUCGAUUAAUAUGAUAUAA